CUGAACUUUCCAGAUCCCUCCCUGUUCACUCCCGUAAUCGGCCAGUACUCACGCGCUCGCUCGAACCGCCUUUCCUUGCAGCAGAAGCCGUCUGCCUCCACUGCUGUCCCGCUCCACCAUCCGUCUAUAUAAAGCACCACGCGGCGGCGGCGGCGUUCACCACAACCCGCACCCCAUCCAAUUUCUCUUCCGGCCUCCAUUCCAGCAACGCGCACCAACUCCGUCCAGCUAGCGAGCCGGAGACGAAGCGGGUCCGAUCGACAUGUCGCUACCGGGCUCUGGCUCGGCAUCCGCCGCCGCCGAAGCGGCCGCCGCCGAAGCGGCCGCCGCCGCUCCUGAGGUGGCCAGGAAGGCGUGGACCCAGGAGGAGGACACCGUCCUGCGGGAGCAGGUGCGCCUGCACGGCGGGCCGAGCAAGUGGAACACCAUCUGCCAGGCGCUGCCCGGGCGGAACGGCCCGGCGUGUCGCCAGCGCUGGUUUCGCUUCCUCAGCCCGACCAUCGACGUCGACAAGCCCUUUACAGCGGAGGAGGACCAGAUCAUCGUCACGAACCAUGCCAGGUACGGCAACUACUGGACCACCAUCGCCCACUUCCUCCCUGGCCGCAGCGACUUGGCCAUUCACAACCGGUGGAAGUCCGUCCUCUCCAAGCAGCACGGCGCCCACGCCUCCACGCCCGCUCCCGCCGCCGCACGCGCCGCGGGCCCUGUCCUACCGCUGGUCAGGGGCGGUACCUCGUCGGCUACGCACGCGACGCAGGAGGACUUGACGGGGGACGAGCCGUCCGCGCCGCUCAUGGAGUGCCUGCAGCUGUUCCCUCUGGCUCCCGGGGAUAUCAGGGCCGAUCCGCGCGCGGCGCCGUCCAGUGAUUUGUCUUGCGGUGCAGAUGACCCGCUCACGCAGCUGAGGCUCGCGCCCGCGCCAGCGGCGACGGUGGUCGAGGCUAUGCCGCUGUAGACUCCUUCUAAGCUUGCCUUAAUUUCGUUUUACUUCCCGUCGCUUGUGGAAGUUAACUCUUGUGGAUGAUCAAAUAGGAUUUUAGGGGCAAUCGAAACAAUCGUGGAUGUUUGUUGGAAGUUGGUGGGUGCCCGUGCUGUGGAUAUAUCUUGUAGCAGUGGAAUUCUGAACUCUCUGCAAUUCCCUUUUAUGGUCGUGUUGUGGAUAUAUUGGUAUCAAUAGAACUAUGAAUUCUAUUGUUGGUAUCGAACUCUGAAAUUUGAAAAAGCUGUGUUCA